AUAUAUAAGCAAUAACAGAGUCUAUAUAUAGUCACUUUUCUCUGAGAAUUGAUGAGAUAGAAGCAAUCGAUGGAGUUGGGAAAUAGAUGGUCUCUUCGAGGAGAAACAGCCUUGGUCACUGGUGGAUCCAAAGGGAUAGGGUAUGCUAUUGUGGAAGAACUAGCAAGAUUUGGAGCAGCAGUUCAUACGUGCGCCAGGAAUGAAUCAGAGCUAAAACAGAGUUUACAGAAAUGGAAAGAUCUGAAGCUUCAGGUGACUGGUUCGGUCUGUGACGUCUCGUCCUCGGAGGAGAGGGAGAAGCUGAUAGAGGAAGUCAGCACCGUCUUCAACGGCAAACUCAAUAUCCUGGUUAAUAAUGUAGCGUCUGGUUACGUUAAACCAGUUUUAGAAGUGACUCAAGAGGAAUACAGGCACACCAUAAACACCAACUUGGAAGCCGGGUUCUAUUUGAGUCAACUCGCUCAUCCUCUCCUCAAGGCAUCCGGACGGGGCAAUAUCGUCUUCAUUUCCUCAAUUGCGGGUAUUGAAGGAUACUCUUCUAUAUCCAUCUAUGGAUCAUCUAAGGGUGCCCUGCAUCAACUUACUAGAUGCCUCGCUUGCGAAUGGGCUAAGGACAAUAUUCGUACCAAUUGUGUUGCGCCCGGUCUCAUCAAUGCGCAGAUGGCUAAGGGGUUCUUGGAGAAUGAACUGGUAGCAAAGUGGUGUCAUCGUACUCCGCUUGAGCGUGUGGGAGAGCCUGAGGAAGUGGCAGCUUCGGUUGCUUUUCUUUGCCUUCCUUCUUCCUCUUUCAUCACCGGUCAAGUGAUUGCUGUUGAUGGAGGUAAAACAAUAUGUGGUGACUAUUAAAUCUCUAUGGAUCUAAUACAAUUGUCAUAUCUAGAUAUGCUUAUUACAUGAAUUGUGUACACUUUAAUAAAAACAAGGGCAUGUAUGUUCCUAUGUCUAUUAAGUCUGUAUGGAUGUAACACAAUCGGUAUAUCUUUAUACUUGUUAUAUGAACCGAAUACAUAUGUAUGAACUAGUAUUCAAGUAUCAUGCUUUAA